CGCUUUGGGCGGGUUGGAGUAUCAGCUGACUCUGCUUCUCCUUUCCGAAGCUCCGCUAACGCUGCUGCUGCUCUUGCAGCUCGGUUUUCAUUCCUCAGCAGAGCGGGGAGGCGAAGCGAGGCGCCUGGGAAGAUAUCUUUCGGCUGUCUCCCUAUAUAUUUUAAAACUAGUGCCUGAGCUCCAGCGUCCUUAGCUGCUGCUUUUGCCCGCGAUGCUGCCGCAUUUAGCUUUCCUGCUGCUGGGAGCCUCUUGGACAGCGGGAGCUUUGGAGGUGCCUACUGAUGGAAAUGCUGGCUUGUUGGCAGAACCUCAAGUAGCCAUGUUUUGUGGCAAAUCGAAUAUGCAUAUGAAUGUUCAAAAUGGAAAAUGGGAAUCUGAUCCUUCUGGAACUAAGAGCUGCAUUGCGACAAAAGAAGGGAUUUUACAAUAUUGCCAGCAAGUCUAUCCUGAACUGCAAAUCACAAAUGUUGUUGAAGCUAAUCAACCAGUAACAAUCCAGAACUGGUGCAAGCAGGGAAGGAAGCAGUGUAGGAGUCAUCCAUAUAUUGUUGUUCCAUAUAGGUGCUUGGUUGGAGAAUUUGUGAGUGAUGCCCUUUUAGUGCCAGAUAAGUGCAAGUUCCUUCACCAGGAAAGGAUGGAUAUUUGUGAAACUCACCUGCAUUGGCACACAGUUGCUAAAGAGUCCUGCAGUGAAAAGGGAAUGAAUCUGCACGACUAUGGCAUGCUCUUGCCCUGUGGAAUUGACAAAUUCCGUGGUGUGGAAUUUGUUUGCUGCCUAGUAGCAGAUGAGAGUGACAAUAUUGAUUCAGCUGAGGCAGAGGAAGAUGAUUCUGAUGUUUGGUGGGGCGGUGCAGAUGCAGACUAUGCAGAUGGCAGUUAUGACAAAGUAACAGAAGAGCAGCUAGCAGAAGGGGAUACUACAGAUGUAGAAGAUGAAAAUGAUGAUGAUGAUGAUGAUGAUGAUGAAGAUGGUGAUGAGGCUGAAGAAGUUACAGAAGAUCAGUACCAGGAAGCCACUGAAAGAACAACAAGCAUUGCUACUACCACUACCACUACUGAGUCUGUGGAAGAGGUUGUUCGAGAAGUGUGCUCUGAACAAGCUGAGACUGGUCCUUGCCGAGCAAUGAUCUCCCGCUGGUACUUUGAUGUGACUGAAGGAAAAUGUGCCCCAUUCUUUUACGGCGGAUGUGGUGGAAACCGAAACAACUUUGACACUGAGGAAUACUGCAUGGCAGUCUGUGGCAGCGUCAUACCUACCACAGCUGCCAGCACUCCGGAUGCUGUUGACAAGUACCUGGAAACACCUGGUGAUGAGAAUGAACAUUCCCAUUUCCAAAAAGCAAAAGAGAGACUAGAAGCGAAGCAUCGUGAAAGAAUGUCUCAGGUCAUGAGGGAAUGGGAAGAGGCAGAACAUCAAGCAAAAAAUUUGCCGAAAGCUGAUAAAAAGGCUGUGAUUCAGCAUUUCCAAGAGAAGGUGGAAUCCUUGGAACAAGAAGCUGCAAAUGAGAGACAGCAGCUAGUAGAGACUCACAUGGCCCGAGUUGAAGCCAUGCUCAAUGACCGUCGCCGUGUUGCUUUGGAAAACUAUAUUACAGCUCUACAAGCUGUGCCCCCUAAACCUCGACAUGUAUUUAAUAUGCUGAAGAAGUAUGUGCGUGCAGAGCAGAAAGACAGACAGCAUACACUGAAACAUUUUGAACAUGUGCGUAUGGUGGACCCUAAGAAAGCAGCACAGAUCAGAUCUCAGGUUAUGACACAUCUACGUGUGACAUAUGAACGUAUGAACCAGUCUCUUUCUCUUCUUUACAAUGUGCCGGCAGUUGCUGAAGAGAUUCAGGAUGAAGUUGAUGAAUUACUUCAGAAAGAGCAAAACUACUCUGAUGAUGUCUUGGCUAAUAUGAUAAGUGAACCCAGGAUCAGCUAUGGAAAUGAUGCCCUCAUGCCUUCAUUGACAGAGACUAAAACAGUUGAACAUCUCCCAGUAGAUGGAGAAUUCAGCCUAGACGAUCUUCAGCCUUGGCAUCCCUUUGCAGUUGAUUCAGUCCCAGCAAAUACUGAAAAUGAAGGCUCUGGAUUAACCAAUGUUAAGACAGAAGAAACCUCAGAAUUAAAGAUGGAUGCAGAAUACAGACAUGAUUCAGGAUUUGAAGUACAUCAUCAGAAACUGGUAUUCUUUGCUGAAGAUGUAGGUUCAAAUAAAGGUGCCAUCAUUGGACUAAUGGUAGGGGGUGUCGUCAUUGCCACAGUCAUUGUUAUCACUUUAGUGAUGCUAAAGAAGAAACAGUAUACAUCCAUCCAUCAUGGUGUAGUGGAGGUGGAUGCUGCAGUGACACCAGAGGAACGUCACCUUUCUAAGAUGCAACAAAACGGCUACGAAAAUCCAACCUACAAGUUCUUUGAGCAAAUGCAGAACUAGAACACCAUAGCAACCUCAUGAAUUGGACAGCAAAGUGAUUGCUUCACUGCCCAUCGAUGUUCAGCUGAAAGUAAUAUGGAAAUAAGCAAACAAAACAAUGUUUUAUUAUUUACUCAUUAUCGCCUUUUGACAGCUGUGCUGUAACACAAGUAGAUGCCUGAACUUGAAUUAUAAAAUCAGUAAUGUACUCUCUUUCUUGACAUUUCAGUCUUUACACUACAUUAAUGAAUGUUUUUGUGUACUGUAAAGUUAGCUGUACUUAACUAGUGCAUGAAUAGAUUAUUUCUUGAUUAUUUAUCAUACAGCUCCUUUAGCCAGUUGUAUAUUAUUCUUGUGAUUUGUGAUGAACAAAAAAAAAGUCCUAAUUGAAAUAUACUUUAAGAAUUGAUGGGGGAUGCUUUUUGUGUAUGUGGGAUUGAGCUGCUUCUCUUCGCCAAGUUUUCCUUUUUCUGCUUACUAUGCAUUUUAAAGACAAAAUGUUUUGGAAUUUUUUUUAGAAAGUAUUCCAGAUGAGUUAUUUUCCUCUGCAGUUGCAUUUUAUUGUACAGAUUGUUGCUUCUGCUGCACUAGUGAUGUAGAAAAUCAUGGGAAUACACAUUUGUUUCUUUGUGCCUGUUUUAUGUGCACACCUUUAGGCAUUGAGGGAGUAAAGUUUUUUUGCCAUGUAUCUUUUCAUCUAAAAAAGAAAGAAGGAAGGAAAAGAAAAAAUAUCACUCCUGUUAAUCAUGAGCACUUUUAUACCAGGGCAGGGUGAAGGGGAAGGAUGGGAGAAAUGCCUGCUGGUUCAAAAAAACUAUAGGGAACCUACAAAUGUUUCUGCAGGAUAAUAUACAGAAUUGUUGCUUAUGAAUUGAUAGCUUUCUAUACUGUGUUACAUAAAUAAAUUAAAAAUAAGACUAUUGGGCAAGAGUUUUACUUGGAGAAAUUACCUUUUGGGAGGAAUAAUUUUAAUAAUGACCAUCAAGUGGGAGGGUUGGGGGGGGGUUAGGUUUUUUUCCGUCUGCAAAAAGACAUGAUUCAUAGAAUUUCUUCUUUAAAUACAAUAGAUAAAACUAGCAGUGGGUGAGAGGGUGUUUGCCUUGGCAUGCCUUCCCUCUAAAAUGUCUUUUUUCAGUUUGUAUAAUAGUGUUUUAAUGUAAAUAAAUACAUUCCUGGAGGAGU